UGGAAAAAUGCUUUUAAAAUUGUUCAUAUAUUUACACAGAAAACAGCAACAGCUCCAACCAACACCUUCGGAAUCAUCUGUGAAAGAGCAAGGGUCAGAGCCGAUGGCUACACAGCAGCCCCAACAAAAAGGCAAAUAUAAGCAAAAAAAGCAACAACAGCAACAAGAACAAGGUACACCGGUUACGGAAUCGACCGCCGAACAGCAGCCGGAUCCAGAUCCAAUGGCUGAGCAACAUGUUGCUCAGAAGGGCAAAUAUAAACAAAAAAAGCUACAGCAACAACAAGAACAAGAACUGCAACAGACAGACUCAUCCCCUACGGAACAAACUGUGGAAAAUCCUGAACCAAGGCAAAUGGCUACAGAACAGCAGCCAAAGGGAAAAUAUAAACAAAAGCUACAACAAAAACAACAAACAACAGGAGAUCAUCCCGGUGAAGCUACGCAACAGCAGCCAACUCAAGAUCAAGGCAAAAUGUCAUACAAACUAAAACAGCAACAGAAACAGCAGAAACAGCAGCAACAGCAGCAGCAACAACAAAAACCGCAAUCUGACCAAGGAAAAAAUCCUUACAAACAAAGGCAACAACAACAGCAACACCCAUCACAAGAACAAUCGUCGGGACUGACAACGCCAUCAUCACACUCAUCAUCUCCAUCGCAUGCCGCUGCUUUGGAACGAGUAGCAGAAGAUUUCUGCAACAUAAAAAUCGACAAGCAGAAAAUUCACUCGUCCAAACUGCUGCCCGUACUGGUCAGGGCGAAUGCGCACGGUACCCGUGGAAAAAUGAUAAAAGUGGAAGUCAACUAUAUACAACUGUUUGUGGAUCGCUUGAUACCUACUGCGUACCAUUACGACGUAGAUAUUCAACCGCCGGCGUCCCGCAAGUGGCAACGGUUGGCGUUCAGUGAAUUCUGCAGGGAAAUGUUCCCGAAUCAUGGUUUGGCAUUUGAUGGCCAUAAAAAUGCAUAUUCAGCACGUCGCUUGAAAGCAGACCACUAUGAAAAAGAGAUUAAGGUUCGUGGAGAUGGUCGCGACCGGAAGUUUACCGUUGCCAUGAAGGAGGCAGCCGUUCUAGACAUGUCCUGUCUUAAAACUUACAUGACCAACGGCAAUGGCACCAAUCUCGAUAAGCCGAUGUCGGCUAUUCAGUGUUUGGAUAUAGUGCUCCGGACAGCUUACGAAAAUAAUCCUCGCUUCAUCAAGUUUAAAAAAUCGAUCUACGUAAAACCGGAGAGACCGGACGACCUUGGAAGCAAUCACGAACUGUGGUAUGGCCUGUUUCAAUCUGCGUUGUUGGGCGCCAAACCGUUCUUGAAUAUUGACGUGUCACACAAAGCAUUCCCAUCCGGUGGACCAGUUUUGAACGUACUGAGAGAAUUGAAUCGAGGACAGAUUCCGGAUAGGCCGAUCAUGGAUUGGAUGAGCAAAGAACUACAUGAUUUCUUGAAAGGGAUGGAGUUGGCAUACACAGGUCCUGAUGGAGUAUCCAAGCUUUUCAAGUACAAUGCAAUUAAAUUGCCGGCGAAUACACAAAAAUUCAAACUUGAAGACGGAACCGUAAUGACUAUUGAUCAAUAUUUCCGUUCCAAAAAAAUGCAACUCAAGUAUCCGUAUCUACCAGCACUACAUGUGGGUAGCACCAUUAAAAAUAUAAUGCUUCCAAUAGAGCUGUGCAGUAUUCCGCCUGGACAGGCUCUUAACAAGAAGCAUCCCGAUAGCUGCACCCAACACAUAAUUAAGAAAUCGGCUACCGAUACCGCAACCCGAAAACGAAAGAUCAUGGAUUUGUUCAAUCAAAUCAACUACAACAACGCUCCAACCAUCAAGGAGUUUGGUGUGGGAGUUGGGAAUAAUUUCGAGGCGGUUGAUGGCCGAAUCAUCGAUCCACCCGAGUUGUCAUACGCCAACAAUAAGAACGUCAGACCAUCCAAAGGCGUAUGGCGAGCAGAUAACCUGGGCUACAUUGUUCCGAGUACUGCCGUUACAAGACGUUCAUUGAAUUGGACAAUACUAAAUCUGGACCAAAGAACUCGCCCAGAUGCGAUCCAAGAAUUUGGUCGGAAUAUCUAUCAGAUGUCACAAAAGCAAAACGUUCUAUUGCAACCGUUCUCUAUGCGGGACAAUUUCUACGAACCAAGAGACAUGAGGACUUGUAUAAAGGAAUUGGAUUUUAUUCUCAAUGAUAUAAAACAGAGCGGUAUCGACUUGGCGUUUGUAAUAAUUCCUAAUCCAGGUAGGGACGGAGACGUCUACGCAAAAGUUAAACAGAAGGCCGAACUGUGCGUUGGACUGUUUACCCAGUGUAUCAAGAGCUUCACUCUAGACAGGAAACGAGGAGAUCCGAGCACGAUUAGCAACAUUUGGCUUAAGAUCAAUGCUAAGACGAACGGUUCAAACCACGUGCUGGCAAGUAGCUACAAGCCUCCGAUCGCACGGAAGACCGUAAUGUAUAUCGGUGCAGACGUUACCCACCCCUCCCCAGAGCAGACCAACAUUCCGAGUGUCGUUGGUGUGGCAGCCUCGUAUGAUCUCGAAGGGUUCCGCUUCAAUUGCUGCUACCGCCUACAAAACGCCAAAGACGAGAUGAUCCGGGAUUUGCAAAAUAUCGUGGUCAAACAGCUGCGACAAUUCAAACAGCAGAAUCAGAAACUUCCUGAACUGAUCAUGUAUUAUCGUGACGGCGUUUCGGAAGGCCAAUUUCAGGAGGUACUGACCGUUGAACUCCGUGCAAUGCAGGCAGCGGCGGCCAGCGUGGCACCGAAUUAUAAACCAAACAUAACCUUCAUUGUUGUCCAAAAACGGCACCAUGCUCGUUUCUUCCCUACCGAUAAAUGUCCCACCGAGGGCCGCAACAAUAACGUGCCCCCAGGAACUAUUGUUGACAAAUAUAUCACCACUCCUAAUCAGUACCAAUUUUUCCUGGUGUCACAUGCUGCCGUUCAAGGCGUGGCUAAACCAACGAAAUACUGCGUCCUCUACGAUGAUGAAAAUUGUAAUCCAGAUCAGCUGCAGGCACUGACUUACUAUCUAUGUCAUAUGUUCACGCGCUGCAACCGAGCCGUGUCCUACCCGGCCCCGACUUAUUACGCCCAUCUUGCCGCCUACAGAGGACGUGUCUACAUUAAAGAUCGCAAUUUGAAUAUGACCAAUUUGGUGAGAGAGUACGAGAAUAUGCAAAUUAAGUCCGAAAUCCAGGAUGGUCAUCCAAUGUUCUUUGUGUAAAAAUAUCUAAAGAAAAAAAAAUUGUCAUUUAUAACUACAUACUAAUUCAUUUUAUGUUUAAUCAAAUAUGUUACAAAAAUAAACAAUAUAUAACAGGAAUCUCAUCAAUCUUCAUAAAAAAUAUAUCGCCAAUAAUAAAGAAUUAGUUUGAUCAUUGUUAAGUCAGAACGAUUUCUUUUUAUUCUAAGGAAAUAAUCGCUAGCACAGUUUGCUACUAUAAUUUUAUUUAAGAAUUGCUAUAAUUAUCUCUUUAUAUUUUGCUUCUUAGAACGCUCUGACUAAACACCAAGAAAUUGAAUAUACAUGUUGAGUGCGUAUAUUUAUUGAUGAACGAACUCAGAUUAAAUAAAAUACAUUUAUGUUGAUUAAUGUGGUUCCGCCAAAGAAACAA